AUGCUGCGGGGGGCUGGGUCCGUACGGAUCGCUUUUUACAUGGAUGAAACUACACCAGGCAAUGUGCUUCGCCCAGAUCAUGGUCGAUCACUGGCGUGCUUCUACUGGACAUUGAUGGAACUACCGUCCUGGUUUCGGAGCCGCCACUGUGGCUGGUUUUAUUUCGGGCUUUUUCCUCUGUCGCUGGUGGAGCACGUAGCAGGUGGCUAUUCUUUCCUGUUUGCCUUCAUGGUGAAAACAUUCUUUGGCAAAGGAUUGCUAGCAUGGGAUUUCGACAGGACAGGCAUUUGCUGCAAAUCAAGUGGUGGAGACUUCAUUUUGAAAGCGCGUUUCGGGGCCCUACUUUCAGACGAGAAAGCAAUGAAAGAGCGCUGGUGCACGAAAGGUGCUAGUUCCUACAAGCCUUGCCACCUGUGCAAGAAUGUGAUGGGCCGGGUGGACCUGCCAGACCGCGGCUACUUGGUUCACUACACUUGCACAGAUUCAAGCCGCUUUGAUUUGCAUACUGCUGACAGUUUCCGGACUAUGGCACAGAAUCUGAAGCUUGAAGCUGGCAACCUGAGCAAAAAAGACUUCGAGCGAUUGGAGCAAUCUUGCGGGCUUGUUUUCGACCCUCUUGGCAUCUUGUGGUGUGAAGAUUUGGGAGGCAUUGUCAACCCUGUAUCACACACCUACUGGGACUGGAUGCAUAUAUUGAUGGCCUGUGGUGGGAUUGCUCAGUAUGAGUUCAAUCAAUAUGCUAGGCGCCUUUGCAGUGCUGGCGUGUCCUUGCGGGCCCUUGACGAUCUUGCUGCGGAGAUUGUGUGGCCAAAGGGUGCUUAUUGGUCAAAGAAAUAUUUCCAAAAGCUUGUGGUGGAUAAAGACGGUGCCCAUUUAAAGGCGUUUGCCAAUGAGCUUUUCCAGUUGAUGGACAUUUGGCGCUUAAUACUCCAGCUGGUGGUGGGCCCGGCUGGCAUCCUGGAGCUGGAAACCAGAAGUUUAGAGAGCAUGAUGAAAAUCAUUGACAUUUUGUCGAUGCAGGAAGAGGCGUUGCCUCUUGUUGGUGACUUGGAAAUCGAAAUUGCCCAGCACCACGCUUGGUUUCUAGAACUUUACCCGGAUUGCAACAAGCCGAAAACACACUGGCUACGACAUGUUCCGUCCUUGUUUAGGGAGUUUGGCUGCAAUCUCAGCUGCUUCAGCCCUGAGAAGAAGCACAAGGGAGUGAAGCAGCUGGCGCUUUUGAUUUCUGCCAACGUUGAGAAAGGAGUCUUGUACCGCGCAGUUGCAGAAAAUUUCUCUUCUUUCUCCAAUGAUGAAAAUAUGCUACGCCCUAUUUUCCUGGAACGGGCGCAGGACAUGGAAGCUGAGUGGCUGCGGGCAUUCUAUCCGGACAUGCAAGAAGCGAAGGUUUCAAAGACACUGCGUUUUGAAGGUGGGCGGGUGUCAGCAUCAGAUAUGCUAUGGUUUCCGGCUACAAAGCACCUUGCUCAGGCAUCCUUCUUUUUGCAGGUUCGGCUUUUGAACACCUCUGAGUUCUUGAUCCACGGGGACUUAUAUCAGCAGGCUCGCCUUCAAUCUUUGCAAGGCUCGCCUGCAGAGACUUUCACCAUGAGCGCCGCUAGCGAAGUGCCUGCUACUGCCACUGCAGAAGCUCUCCCCGAAUCUGCGGCCAGUGAAGCUACCGAAGCGGCUUCUCCAGCUGAGACGGCAACAUCUUGUGCAGAAACGCCUAGUGGCGUAGUUCCUCUGGACAAGGUGGAGACCGGCCCUGGACUUCCAGCAGAAAGUUUGUGUUCCACCUGCAGGAAGCCUGUCUCUGUGGUUGUGGCACGGGCAGUGGGGAAGACAGCUACUUCUUUGCGCUGCAGGGCAUGCCACAAUUUAAAAAGUAGGAUCAACCGGGUGUUGAGCCACUAUGGCUCAUUGGCCCAGGAUUGGACGAAGGUAACUGAAAAGGAGAAGAAAGAAUUUUACAAGAAGUACAAGGAGCAGGCGGGACCGGACCUUCUGACCAGGCUCCAGGAGACAGUGACGGAAAGCAAGAAGACCAGCAGCGCCGUCUCCUUCGAGGGCACCGGCGAUUUCCUGGACGAGAUAGAUUUGGAGGAGAAGUACAGGAACAAGCCAGAUCAAUUGGCCGCUAUUAAGGCCAACACCCGGACCUACUUCUGUCCAGUUCGACAGGUGCAGCUUUUCGAGGAUGUGAAAUAUAAGCGCACGGCUGUGGAGACCGAGGAGUACGCGAAGGUGCAGAAGCGAAAGAGGCAAUCAAUUCCUCUUGAACAAGGUGAACGUGAUGAGACGGCUGCAGAUUCGAGCCAAUGCAAGAAGGGCAAGAAAGAAGCAGCCAAAAGUGAGCUGCCGAAGUUGAAGGCUGGAGGCAAGAAAAAGAUUUCCAAGAAAGUGGAACUGAUGAACGCAAAGAAGCUGCAGCUGAUGGAUUGGAACUGCAAAGCGCGUGGUGACAAAGUCAAAGACUUGGUGCCCGGCUACGUCGUGAAGGCUUCCACAAAGCUGGUGGAUGACGCUGUGGCCUUUGGGGUUGAAUGCGACAGCAUUCUUGAAAGUGGCCAUGGCGACGCAGAUGAGGUCAUCAAGAAGGCAGACGCUUUCAUGGAGCAACUGACAGAGAUGAUGGGCCGCGUCAAGUGCCAAGUGGAUCAGGCGCAUGCUUUUGUUGCCACUGGUGCGAGCGGCCAGGAGUGCUCGCCCCAGCUGCAGACAUGCGACGGCUCGCCCCAAAGAAAGCGAAGGAGCGGAGGUGAAGAAGCGCCGCGCAAGCAGCAACGCAGCUCCAAAGAUUUAUCCCCUGUUUCAAUGGGCGCUGAAACUUUGACCCUCGACUUUUGGGAAGACAGAGACAUAGAGGUGGGCGAGGACACCCAGCAAUUCCCUGAGAAUCCAUCGAUCGACUAUGAGCUUGCAUACACAGACUGGAUGUUGUCCCAGUUGUCUGAGAAGGCUUUUUCCAGCUUGUCAGCUUUGGCGCAUGUCAACAGGCUCGCCCAGCCAAUCCACAUAGCAAUGCCAUGCUGCGGAAUAGACGGUGCUGGUUGGUCACUCCGAGCUAUGGGGGUGCCCUUUACACCAAACAACGUAUACGACCUGGAGACGCGAUACAAGGAGUACUGGCAGGGCAUGGUUGAAGAAGGCUCGCCUCUUCAUUUCGGAAAGCACAAUGGUGACAUUGUCCAGGUCCAGCUGUCGGACUUGGAGCGCCCGGUGCAUGUGCUUUGCAGUGGCCCGCCAUGCCCGCCUUGGGCAGGAAGUGGCAAAAAGAAAGGUGUGGAAGACUUCCGAGCAAAAGCUUUUCUGGCUAUUGUGAAUAUAGUGGCUUCGCUAGCCAAGUGUGGUGAGCUGCAAGCAGCGAUCUUGGAAAAUGUCCAAGGCAUUUUACACCGCCAAGGUGGCGAAGAAAGUUUCAUGUCAAAGCUUCUGCACAUUUUGCAAGAAGAAGUGCAGGAAUUUCUCUGGCAGGUGGACACCCUCAAGGCGGUGGACUACAAGCUAGCACAGGAAGGUCGCCUCGUAGAGACAGAUGUUGUCUGCUUCCCACUGGACCGCGCAGAUGGCAAAACAUACAAGCGGCAUAUCAGCGUCAAUCGUACACCAACAUUGACCACCUCGAAUUCAUACCUGUUUGUGUCAGACAUGAAGGUGGGCCUCCCAGAUCAGCAACGGACACACUUCCGUUUCUUGCAUCCGCAUGAGCGGUUUGUUUUGCAAGGUUUCAACGUGGAAGUCGCCGAACAAUUCGCUUCCAGCCAAGCCUUACAAGUCAAGGCAGCAGGAAAUGCCUAUCCAGUGCCACUCAUUGGAGCAGCAAUGGCCCCAUUGCUGGCUGCCUUCGGUAAGCUGCCCCAGAAAGGAGAAAGGGAGCUGGAGUUCCCCACGCGUUUCCAUGAGCGUUUGGCUGACGCCAUGUACGGUGCUGGGAAGAAAAGCAAACCAAAGAAGGCAGGACAUAAGGUGCUCAAACGACCGGCUGCACACCAAGCAUCAGAGAAACCUGCAGACGAAAAAUUGGACAAAACCCACCCUGGGCCCCAUGACAAGGAGCAACAUGACGGUGGUGGGGCACAGCCUUUGGGUGAAGAACGUGCGGGGCCUUCCACCAAGAAGCGACCUGCCAGCACGGCAAGCAUCGGAAAGCCCUGUCAGAAACCAAGACUCCCUGCCGCAUGGCGCCUGCGUGGGCAAAGAUUGCAUGAGUUUAUUUCCUCUUCCACGCUGGUUCAAGCUGACCACGGGUUGCUGCGAGGCUUGCCCGCAGAAACAUUGAGAGCGAAGCUUUUGCUUGUGAUUGUAGGGACAAACCACAUGGCUGAAGCCCGCUUUGAUGGGAUGCUUGACUACUUCGCUGCUCUCCAAAAGAGUUGCGGGGGGUUCCUUGAAAAGGACGCCUUAGACCCCCUGUUGAAAAGCUGCAUGCUGGAUAUUGAACGCGCCCCGCCCAUAACCAUAGAAGCAGGGGCCAGCAUGCUUAGAAAGCUUGAGAAAGCUACCGUGCCCCAGGCAUGGCGUGAAGCUUUAGUGAAACUGGUGCAAACCAAGGUUCAGACAGGCGCAGAGAACAGCUGCAACCAAGGGAAUAAGAAGAACAAGGAAAAACCAAGGCAGACAUGUUUGCACUUGGACAACUAUUUCUUGAAGAAGGACUGGGAAAAACUGGCUUCGGAUGGGUUGACUGACAAGGUCAACUUUGCAGCGCAAAGAAUGGCAGCCCUGGGUUUGCUGAACCCAACAGAGCCGACUGCGGUGCAUGCAGUCGCAAUUCUGUAUUUGACGUCGCACAAAGGGACCCUGGAAGAACUUAACAUCAAUGGCGUCCAUGCUUUGAAUACGGUGCGGGAUUUGAAAUCUGUGCUCAGAGGAUUGAAAGGCUUUACGCAGUCUGGGAUCACCAACUACCCAAUGGAUCCUGCAGAAUUGCCCGGCCCCAUAUUCAUGAAAGCGUUUGGACAAGAAAAGCCUGAGCCAAGCCGUCUGGAUCCUCACGCGCUUGGAUGGUUGCAAGUUGUGCUACCUGCAAGGGACACGCACACAUCAGUGCGAGGUGCCUGGGGAAAGCGAACCUCGCGACUACGUACUGGUAACAACUUCCAGGAGAUGCUCAUGAAUGCCAUGAGCAACCCUGACAUGGCAGCAGCUUUCGCCAGCAUGAUGAGAAACAAUUCUGGAGUGCAGCUGAACAUGACACGCCGGAAACAGUUGAUGCCAAGCGCUGCCUCUGCACAGGUGGAACCACUCAUGUUGGCAAACGGGCCAGCUGCUUCUCACAACUUGGCAGGCAAGCAAGACCCAAAGGAUGAAGUCGACCUCGAGACAUCGCUUCCAAGUAAUGAAGAACCUAGCAUCAAGGCUCGUCCUGGUGCAAACGAAAUCAGCAAGGCUGGUCCUGCUGUAAGUGAAACCAGCAAAGCUCGGCCUGCUGCAGGCGAACCCUGCGAAGCUCUGCCUGCAAAGGACAGCAAGGAAUUGCCUCCGCUGGAACCCAAAAGUGUAGAUGCCAUGUCGAAUGACAUCUUGGCAGCCAUUGGCGGCCAAAAAAGAAAGAAGACCGCUGCUGAACAGACCACUGAGGGCGAUGACGUGCCCAUGCCGAAGGCAAAAGCCAAAAGCAAGCCAAAGGGAAAGGCCAAAGCCACAGCAAAGAAAACAUCUGCUGUGGCCAAGGCCAAGAGUACGCCUCCCAAGACCAAGAAUGCUGCGCCCAAAGCAAGGCCGAAGAAAAAGAAAGAGGUCUUGCCAUUCCCUGGGACAGCUGCGCAUGAGCCCGUUCGCCACAAGCACGCCACAGUUUACAUAUGCCCCAAGUCCACCAACUACAGGGUCAAACUUGAUGGUGAGAAGAAGGACAAGGCCUUCAGCUGGGAACGCCAGGAUGCGAAGGAGGCAUGGGUGCAGGUGAAGGAAUACAUCCUGAACUUGGAGUGA